UAAUGGGUUGCACUUAGAUGACAAAUGUUACAAUAAAGAAUCCAAGAAUGAAGAAUUUUUUUGAUUAGUGUCAGUAUUAUGGAUUUAGUAAAUCAUAAGUAAAAAAAUAAAGAAUUUAAGGUAGUAAAAAUAACAGAAUAUGAAUUUCAUUAUUGUAGAGGUAAUAAGAAUUGGAAAUCAAAUUAUUCAAAAUCUAUUUUUAAUGAAUAGAAUCCAGUAUUAUUAUCUCCUUGUUUACCUGAUAAUUUUGAUAAUUUGAUUUUUGGAUUGAGUAAUUUCAAAUAAUUAUACUAAGAGGAAUUUAGGGAUUUUCCUUAAAAUUUAGGGUAAUUACAAAUUAUAAACUAUUGUAGAAUGUUAUUAAGUUUAGGUAAUUAAUUUCCAAGUUUUAAAGCUGAAAAAUUAGGAACGAAUCAAAUUACUACUUAUUAAAUUCAAUAGAAUGUAGUAACAAUAUUUGUGUUUUGGAAAUUGGAGGAAGAAAUAAAAAUAGGAAAAAUGUCAUUAGUUAGAACUAGAAACAUUAGUAAUCGUUUUAGAGAUGAUGAUGAAUCUUAAACUUAUUUAGAAAAUGCAUAUAUAAGAGCAAAGAAAUCAAUUAAGAGACCACUUAAUUUAGUAGGAAUUUGUUUAGAUAAUAAAGAGAAGAAAGGUUUGUAUGAAUAAGUAAUAUCUAAUGAGGAUACUCAUAUUUGGAUAAAUGAGAAUGAUUAAUCAGCUUAAGUGUUUAAAUUUGCAGAAGAUCCAAAUUAUUAAAUAAGAUAAUUAGAAUAGUCAAUUUAUAUAGUAAAUUCAAAGGGAUAGUUUGUAGGAUGUUUGAAAGAGAAUUUUGGAGAUCAUUCAUUUAUCCAUGAAAUAAAUGAUUUAAUUGAUGGAGAGAUUAAAUCAUAAGAUAUAAAUUAAAUGUUGAAUAUUAAAUAAAAAAUAAGAAAGGAUGAUUAUUAGAAAGUUAAGUAAUUAAUAUUAGAAGAAUUGCCAAAUAAAAAUAAAUUACCGAUUGGAGAUACAUUUAGUAUAUCAAUAAAAAAACAUACAUUUUUUAGAGAUUAUACUAAAAUUGGAGCAACUUAUUAUAAUCCUAUAUUUAAAGCUGCUGGAUCUAAGAAAUAUUAAUAGAAUUGUGAUGAUCUAAUAUAAUUUGUGAAAGAAUUUACUCCAAUAGCACAUAUGGAUACAGAUUUUAAAUAACAUCAUUCUGUUAACAAAAAACAAUUUUUUGAGAAGUUAAGUAGAAAAUUAAUGUAUAUUAAUAAUAUUUAUAUAGAAAUAUAGGUUAUGAGGAUAUAAGAUUCAUUUUAGAGAAGAGUAUAGAAAUAUAUUAUGAUGAAAAUUCAAAACGUUUAGAAAUGAGUAAAGAAAUAACAUCAAUUCAUAAUGCUCCAUAAUCUAUAAGUUGUGUAUAUUCAAGAAAAGAAGCACUUUAAAAAUUAGGCAAAUAGAUAUUUGCAUAAUCAGAGAAUUACACACAUAAAGAAUUAGAAUUACUUAAAGGUUUCUUUGGUAAUCCGUAUGCUCUUAAGUAUGAAUUAAUAAUAAUAUUAUAGAACUUCUUUUAAUGUUGGUACUCUCUUUUCACCUAUUCCAAAUGCAUAUAAAAUGUAACAUAAUGAUUUUUCUGGAAACAGUUAAAUUAUGCAAUCCAUAAUUAGAACAACAAAUAAAGGCAUAUUUGAUAGUAAAUUAGUAUAAUCUGUUAAUUAAUCUAUUGAUGAUUAGAAUUAACAUUUUGGAAUAACUGAAUAAAUUAAAAGCAAUUAAAGUCAUAUUGAACUUAGUGAAGGUUGGGAUGGUGAUAAUAAAGUUGAUUUGAAUUAUGAUUAGAUUCAUUCAAUUCAUUAAUUAAAUAAUGAAGUACUCAUUAUUUUUUUGAUUGAUUAUACUUUAGAUAAACAUAUUGAACUAUUACAUUAAUUGUUAGAUUUUAUUAAACGUAAAUAAUGGACUAGUUCAAAUGUAAGAGUUAUUGGAUUAGAAAAAAAGAGAUCUGAGGAAUAAUUUUAAAGAUAAAUGAAUAAAUUAGAAGAUGAAAUGAAAAGAGGUAUUUUCGAAGCUUGGUUUCCACUUGAAUAAACAUUUUUAGGAAUUAAUUUUUAUUAAAUCUUAUCUGAUUUAUAUGGAUUAGAUUCUAUCUCUCCUAUUUUAGUUAUUGAUCAUUUAGGUAGAUUACUUUAUUAAGGUUAACCUGAUUCUAAAUUUGCUCCUUUAUUAACUAAAAUUAUUAAUCAAGAAUCUAUAAAAACAAGUAAAAAUAAAAAAUAUAUAAUAAUUAGUUCAUCCUGUAGAUAGACCAUUAAAACAUAGAAUUGAUUUAGCCUAAUUUAGUAGAGAAUGGAAAAUUAUUAAAUAAUAUGGAAAUGAGACUAUUUACUUUAGUCCAACUGUUUAAUAAACUUUAAAAUACUUAGAGAAAAUGCCUUUAAAGAAAACAGAACUAUGGAAAGUUUAAGUAAAGUAAUUUCAAUUAUGGAAUGAAAAUGGAGAUUUUGUUAGAAAAUGUUUUGAAAAACCUAAAAUCAUUUAUAAAUUUGAAAGACCUGAAUUAACUGUCAAAUUUUAUAAUGUUGUUGAAGAAAUAUAAAGAUUAGUAGGUAAGGAUAGAGUAGAAAUAAUUGAUUUAAAUGCUGAAAUUAGUAAAGAAAAAAAUAAUUUAUAAGGUGAAUAAUUAAUUAAAUGA